UCUUUUACUGUUUGAAUAUGUGAUGCAAGGCAUCUAAACACAUCACCUACCGCUGAUAACUCCAUCCCUUCUUAUUAUAAUUUAUAUCCCCACUGCUUAGAAAUCCAUGUCCUUGAACUCUCUGCAACAAGCAGCAGAGGACCUUUCUUGUCAUUCUCGUGUUUGGGUUUUGAAGAAGCCUCAAGGCUGGUGUCAGAAAGCUCCAUCCCAGCUUAGAUUCAGACCUGCAUUUUGCAUCCACAGAGAAAACCCAGAUAGGAAAUAAAUUCAUUUGAGCUAUAAAGCUGGUUUUUCUGUGAACUGGGUUGAUCUGGGUUUUACUACAUGGGGUCUACUUGAUUGUAUUUUAUUGGGUUUCUUUAGCCAGAGAUCUGAGAUUGUGGGUUUUGUUUCUUUGUCUGAGAAUAAAGUAUGGCGAAGUGGUUUCAGAGAUCUGGAGUUUGAAAGUUGCCUUUGGAGAUCCCAUCAUAGAAAGGCAGCUGGACAUCUGGAAAAAUGGCCACAGAUCUUAAAGCGGUAUUGUCAAAGAAAACUGCUAUUCUUGAUCUUAAGGUCUGGGAAGUAAUUGGGAUUGCAGUCGGGUUAUUUAUCAUAAUUAUCCUCUCUGUGCUGUCGCUGUGUCUUACAUCACGGAAGAAAUCAAGGAGAACUAAGGACAAGAUUCCUCUUAGCCAAAUCCCGACUGUUUCAAAGGAAAUCAAGGAAGUCCGAGUGGAGCAAGUAACGACAGAUGAAUUUGUUCCUCGUGAUGGAAUUCUUCUCACCAUUCAUGAUAAAUCCAGUGACAAAGAAUCAGAUAAAGUUUUGGUCCAUCUGGGUAUGGGGACGGUGAAGAAUGGAGACAAUAGCAGCCAGUCAGGUUCAUUUAAUCAUUUAGAGAAAGAUGGUGGUGGUUCGCAAUCGGGAGAAGACGGGAGUUCUGGCAAGGUUACUGUGUACAAGCCUUCGUCCUCAUAUCCUAUAACUGCUCCUUCCCCUCUAUGUGGCCUGCCUGAAUUCUCUCACUUAGGUUGGGGCCACUGGUUUACAUUAAGGGAUCUUGAGCUUGCUACAAGCCGAUUUAAUAAGGAAAACGUUCUUGGUGAGGGGGGUUAUGGAGUUGUUUAUCGAGGACAGUUGAUUAAUGGCACUCCAGUGGCAGUUAAAAAGAUCCUCAAUAAUCUGGGCCAAGCGGAGAAAGAAUUUAGAGUGGAAGUUGAAGCUAUUGGUCAUGUGCGCCAUAAGAAUUUGGUUCGUCUUCUGGGAUACUGCGUUGAAGGGACUCACAGGAUUUUAGUCUAUGAGUAUGUCAACAAUGGAAAUUUAGAGCAGUGGCUUCACGGAGCGAUGCGUCAGCAUGGAUAUCUUACUUGGGAGGCCCGCAUGAAGGUUCUUCUCGGCACGGCUAAAGCUCUAUCCUACUUGCAUGAGGCCAUUGAGCCAAAAGUGGUGCAUCGAGAUAUUAAAUCAAGCAACAUAUUGAUUGAUGAUGACUUCAAUGCCAAGGUAUCUGAUUUUGGUCUAGCCAAGUUGCUGGGUGCUGGAAAAAGUCAUGUCACAACUCGGGUUAUGGGAACUUUUGGGUAUGUUGCUCCUGAGUAUGCAAAUACUGGCCUUCUGAAUGAAAAGAGUGAUGUUUAUAGCUUCGGGGUUCUGCUCUUAGAGGCCAUUACUGGAAGAGAUCCUGUGGACUAUGGUCGUCCUGUCCAUGAGGUGAAUCUGGUCGAUUGGCUGAAAAUGAUGGUUGGAAGCAGGCGAUCAGAAGAAGUGGUAGACCCAAACAUGGAACCCAGGCCAUCAACAAGAGCCUUAAAACGUGCUCUUUUGACUGCUUUAAGGUGUGUUGAUCCAGAUUCUGAAAAAAGACCCAAGAUGAGCCAGGUUGUUCGUAUGCUUGAAUCCGAAGAGUAUCCCAUACCAAGAGAGGAUCGAAGGCACCGAAGAACUCAGGGAGGUAGCAUGGAGAUCGAGUCCCAGAAGGAAUACUCCGAUACUGAUCGGAGUGAUAAUCCAGAUUCAAGAUCAGACAGCAGAGGAUACCAGCGUACAUAACCAAACAAAUGAUUCAUUUUGAAGAUCAAAGGGAUUAUAUAAAGUGAGGGGUAAUUCUUACAAUUUUUCCAACUCAUUGAAUUCUUGGGUUUGCCUAUCCAGACAUGGGGGAGACUCGGGAGAGGUUGGUGGCUGAGCAAGGUGCUCUUUCAUUUUUUAGUUUUUUCUGUUCUUUUUCAGUUUUACUCUGGCUUCUUGUAGAUGAGAGAUUAUGAUGUGUAUGAAAGUGGUGUGAAGAACCCAAUACAUUGGGGUUUGUGUACAGAAUUGGAUAUAGAUCCUUAAAUUGGUUUGAUGAA